UUAUUGUAUAAGUUUUUAUAACACGAAGUGAAGUGAAGGAAUGACUCAAUAGAUUUAAGAAAUGAAUUAAAUGGAAUUUUUAAGAGUUCAGUUUUUUUUAUUUAUUAAAGAUAUCGAUGAAUUAAUAUAAUCUAUAAUAAAGUUAAAAAAGUGAAACAGUUUAGAGUCAAAAGGUUUAAACAGAUCGCUGUCAAGUACAGUCGCCUUAGAAGUUACCACAGAUUGUUGGCAACUUGUAUCGUCUCGUUUGUGGCCAUCCGUUGGUGUAGUACGUAGAUGUGUAUUAGAAAUGAAAUUUUGAAAAUGAAUGUUUCUUGAUUUGUGGAAGCCCUAUUUAACUGUAAAGAAUGAAAAUCGAUAGGACUAAGUUAAAGAAGAGUUCAUCUGAAGUGCCUCCAGAUUGCAAGGCACUCAUUGAAAAGUUGAAAUCUUGCAAUCACAAUGAGCUUUUGGAAGAAUUAUCUAAAAUUAAAACAUGGAACUGUGGGAAGUGUGAAUUGUAUCACUGGAUUGAUGCAUUGGAUGCUUUUGAUCAUAUAUUAGAAAUGGCAUGCAAUAAGGAAAAGGAAAAUCAAUGGUGUCUCCCUUGUGAUGAUCCUCUUAAUGAAAAACAAAAACAACUUUUGCUCUGUGUUCUUCAAUUCACAGCAUUACUGAUAGAGCAUAGUUUUUCUCGUCAUUUUUACAACUCCAUGGAGCAUCUAACAACACUUUUGUCAUCCAGUGAUAUGAAUGUUGUUCUUGCUGUUCUUAAUCUACUAUAUGUGUUCAGUAAAAGGUCAAAUUUUAUUACAAGGUUAAACCCAGAUAAAAGACAGACACUUUUAUUACGACUUUUGUAUUUGGCAGAGAGUUGGGGAGGAAAAGAAAAUGGUUUUGGAUUAGCUGAAUGUUGUCAAAACUUGCCAGUGACGGCAUAUCCUUCCAGUGCUUCCACUUUGCACUUUGAAUACUAUGCUGAAAGCAGUGAUGAAAAACCUGUGAAAAAAACUACUAACACCAUCAUUGCUAUUCAUAUUGACAAUGUUGAUAGGAUUCCUAACAAGAAUCCUUCUCAAAUAAUGGAAGAUCUGAUUGAGAAAUAUACUGUGCCAGAUGAUAAACAAAUGCAACUAUUUACACACAUUCGACUAGCUCAUAGUUUUUCUGAUUAUCCAAAAAGAAUGUUGUGCGUUCAAGCAAGACUUCAAGCUCUCUCUGUGCUAGUUUACUGUAAUGCUGUUCCAGAUAAUGUUAAUUCUCUUCUAUAUAAUGGUUUAAUAGAAGAAUUAGUGGACGUUUUAGAAAUACAAGAUCAAAAUCUAAUAGAGAUUAAAGCAGCUGCUUUGCGCACCUUGACUUCCAUUAUUCACUUAGAUAGAAAUCCAAAGAAAGAAGACAACACAGUGAGGCACAGAAAUAACAGACUGAAUGCAAUCAUUGAUACUACUGGAGCAUCUUCCUAUCAUGGAUUUCUACCUGUUCUUGUCAGAAACUGCAUUCAAUCCCUUACCGAUCCUGAAUCAGAAGCAUUUCCACUGCCAUUUGCAACUGCCUUAUUUUCUUUCUUGUAUCAUCUUGCAAGUUACGAAAGUGGUGGUGAUGCUCUAGUGUCGUGUGGUAUGAUGGAGGCUUUGCUUAAAGUUAUAAACUGGCAAAGUACAGAAACAGAACACAUUACUUUUGUUACCAGAGCUGUGCGUGUUAUUGACUUAAUCACGAAUUUGGAUAUGCUGGCUUUUCAAGCUCAUGGUGGAUUAGCUAGUUUUAUUCAACGUUUAGAGGUGGAAGUUAAUGUCUGUAGGAAAGACCAACCUUUUGUCAUUGAUCCAAAGUUGACUGAUCCAUCCAUGGAUUUUUUUAGCACUCUUCUUAUGAGAGCUCAAUAUAACAGUGCUCAACUUGCCCUGGAGUUAGAAGAAAAGAUAUCUGGUGGUAAAAAAGACACAAAUACUAAUGAAGAAGGUAUUCUGGAUAGAUUGCCUAAAAGAUUUCCUAUUAGAAAAGGUGUUCAGUGCUUUCCUCAAAGAGCUGCUCUACUAAAGUCAAUGCUUAAUUUUUUGAAAAAAUCAAUUCAAGAUCCUGCUUUAACAGACAGUAUAAGACACUUAAUGGAUGGUUCUUUGCCAAAUUCUUUAAAACAUAUUAUUAGCAAUGCUGAAUAUUAUGGUCCCUCAUUGUUUUUGUUAGCUACUGAUGUCGUCACUGUAUUUAUUUUUCAAGAGCCAUCACUAUUACAUUCUCUUCAGAAUAAAGGCUUAACUGAUGUUAUUCUUCAUGCACUCUUAGUUAAGGAAGUUCCAGCUACUCGAGAAGUUUUGGCAUCUCUUCCUAAUGUAUUUGGAGCAUUGUGUUUAAACAAAAGAGGUUUGCAAUCUUUUGUUGCAUAUAAACCCUUUGAGAAGCUCUUUAGAGUGUUGGUAUCCCCAGAAUAUCUACCUGCCAUGCGGAGGCGGCGCAGCUCUGACCCCAUUGGUGAUGCUGCAAGUAAUUUAGGAAAUGCCGUGGAUGAGCUAAUGAGGCAUCAGCCAAGUUUAAGAACUGAUGCUACUGCUGCUAUCAUAACGCUUUUGGAAGAAUUGUGUCUUAUGGGCAGAGAUCCAAGGUUCAUUUGCACGAGACCUGCAGCAAAGCCUGAAUAUGGUAUUUCAGCUUUGACAAGAGUACUUAAAGAUGCUGGCUCAUCUGAUGAUGAAGAGGAGGAUGAGGAAGAUACUGGAGCCAGUCCGGUUCAAGGACCUUUACCAAAAUCCCAGACAGAGCGUGGUGCUGGGGACAGUAUUUUUAAUUCCGGUGCAAAAACUGCUGUGCCUUUAGUAGAUUACAUUUUAAAUGUGAUGAGAUUUGUUGAUGCAGUGUUGAGUAACAAUUCCACUGAUGACCAUUGUCGAGAAUUUGUGAGACAAAAAGGAUUGGUUCCAUUAAUGGCAAUUUUAGGCUUGCCAAAUUUACCAAUUGAUUUCCCUAUAACGCCUACUUGCCAAGCAGUUUCUAGUGUCUGCAAAUCUAUAUUGAAUCUCGCCCAUGAGCCUCAAGUUUUAAAGCAAGGUUUGCUGCAUUUAAAUGAAGUAUUACAGAGCUUAGAACACUUACAUCGACCUUUAGAACCCCCUGGGGGUAGUGUUCUCUUACAAGAACUGAUAAAUGCUCCUAAUGUGAAUGAUGCCACACUUAGUGCCCAAAGUACUCCGUUGUUACAUUACAUGGCAGCUGCUCACGCAUAUAUAAUAAUGUUCAUUCAUGUGUGUCGGACUGGCCAAAGUGAUAUUCGAACCAUAUCAAUUAGCCAUUGGGGCUCUGAAUUAGGUCUUAGUGUUUUAAAAGGUCUUAGCUCAUUGUAUACAUCUUUAGUCUGGGAAAGUACUGUAUUACUUGCUUUAUGCAGCAAUGAUACUGCUCUUGCUGAAGACUGCCAAUUUGGUAGGCAACAAUUAGAAAAACUGGUACCCAAAGAUUCAAAAAGCGAUAAGGAGGAUAGUCCUUCAUCUUCAGAAAUCAUCCCAAGUGCAGUAGCUGAAACGCUAAAUGAUUCUCCUGAAAUUCCCAUUACAAUGGAUUUAGAAGAUAUUUGUUUCUGUGAAGAAACUGGAAAUGAAACUACCAGUUCUGAUAAAAUGAAAACUAAACCUUAUGCUUCACAGAUAAAACAAAUUAAGCCCCUCCUGUCAGGUGCAUCACGGCUAGGAAGAGCUUUAGCUGAGCUGUUUGGUCUUUUGGUGAAACUUUGUGUUGGAUCUCCUAUGCGACAAAGAAGAGGCCAACAAAUACCACCAUCACCAAGUGUGCCUUCACCAGCAGCUCGUGCUGUAGCAACUGCUUUGACCCGCCUAUUAGCCAUGGGAUUAUCUUGGGAACCACCACCAGCUUCUCCAGUACCAAAAUUUAGGUUGACAUUUUAUAUUUGUUCUGUGGGAUUCACAUCUCCAAUGCUCUUUGAUGAAAGAAAAUAUCCCUAUCACUUGAUGCUUCAAAAAUUUUUGAGCUGUGGAGGAUUGGAUGCGUUUUUUGCAACUUUUCGCUGGGCUUUGACUUGUGGAAAUAGAGUUCCUAUUGAAGAAGGUUUAGAACAUCCAGAAUUACCUGAUGGUACUGGAGAGUUCUUGGAUGCUUGGCUUCUACUCUUGGAAAAAAUGGUUAAUCCAAAAAAUGUGUUGGAAUCUCCCCACACAUUACCUUCAAAGCCUAAUCAACAAGGAAACACAGUUUUUAAUCCCCUUCUAUACUUGAUUCAUGUGCAUAAGAGGGCUUUUGAAAGUAUUAUGCACUUAUGGGAUAAGAAACCGUUGCUAGUUUUUGGGGAAAGGAUUGCUGAAUCUAUACUCACUAUAAUAUGUCACAUUUUGAAAGGCGAAACAAUAAUUAAGGAAAAGCUUGCUAAAGGUGAAGAUGUUAAAGUACCUGCAACCCCAGCAGCUACUACUACAAAUCCAGCUCCAAAUGGUUCAGCAACAAGAGUUAUAACUCGAAGCAGACAUCUCUUGGACAGUGAUGAAAGCACUGUGAACCAGGACCAUUUAACUCAGCUUGUUGACAUGGGAUUUUCACGAGGAUUAGCUUCUGAAGCUUUAAUGAACACUAACUCCUUAGAACAAGCUACUGAUUAUCUUCUUACAUAUCCUGCUGCUAUGGGUAGAAAUACUACAUCAAGUAAUCCAUCAGGACUUGGCAUGGACUGGGAAAUGUCUGAAGAAGAUCAAAUGCUUAGAGCGAUUGCCAUGUCUUUAGGAGAAAAUGUUUUGGUUUCUACUAACCAAGUUGAAGGAGAGCAAAGUAAAUCUGAUACACAAAAGGAACCAGAUUUUGUACAACAAAAAGAAGAGCCCCUUUCCUCACAAGUAAUUGAUACUUUUGCUGAAAAAGUUGUUGAGGGCUGUUUAAAAUUAGCUGAUGCUUUGCCAGAAACUGUCUAUCGUUGUUGUGAUCUACUGAUCGCUGUUGCUCAAAGAAAUGGUGAAGCUUGGAGAAAUAGAGUUUUGAUUGACCGCUUAAUUAAUGAAAUUCAUAUCAAGGUGUAUUAUCUCACUAAGCGUUUGAAUACAGAACAAAUACCAACAGAAAGAAAAGGCUGGGGUAUAGGAUCAAAAUUGCCUUGGAUACCUCUGGAAUCAAAAUUAGCAGUUCGUUUACAUUUGCUGACACUUAUAUUUGAGGAAAGCAAACUGCCAGUUGCUGCUGCAAUCGAAAGUAAAGAAGUGAUGGGAAUAUUUAUCCAAGCUCUUGAAUUGACUGCAUCCUGCAUGAAUAGCUUGCAAGAUGAAGGCACACCCAAGUGGUUACCUUUCUUGGUUCUUCUUAUUGAUCAAUACGAAAAAGCUGCUAUCAUGUCAAAGAGAAAGGCUCCUUUAUUAUUGGCUGGAAAACGUCAAUGGAAGUGGUUUGAUGAGCGUAGUGGUAGAUGGAAUAUCUAUACUCUUUCUAACAAUAAAUUAAUUGAUGAUGCUUAUAGAAAUGGAGAAACACAUUUAAGGUUUACAGCUGGGCGAAGGAAUUAUACUGUUCAACUCACUACAAUGGUUCAGAUUAAUGAAGAAACUGGUAACUGGCGUCCAAUAAUGUUAACAACUGAUUUUAAAGAAGAACAGUUAAAAACAGAUAAACCUAAAGCUGAUGCUAAAGAUAAAAAAGAUGAAGCAGAAGAAGAUUCUGAUUUGGUUUCAGAUAGCGGCAGUGUACAAAGUCUUGACAUGUCAUAUUUGCAUCCAGUACCUGUUCACAUGAAAGUUAUUAAAAGGUUGAAAUCUAAUCAAUGCAGAAAUCUUGUGAGAUUUUGUGUAAUGCUGAUGAAAGUACCCUUGGAACCAGACACUCUUCAUGCUAUAAUGAGACUCUGUUUAAGAUUAACCAGAAAGCACUGUAAUGCUAUUAUGUUUGCCACAAUGGAUGGACCCAAAACUUUAUUAUCUCUAACUCAACCUUAUGCGUUUGUUGGAUUUACUUCAAUAACUGCUUUGCUCUUUCGUCACAUAUUAGAAGACUCUCACACUUUGACAUACACAAUGGAAAAGGUUAUAAGAUCUGCUACAGUAAGUGGGCCAUCAUCUUUACUAGUAUCUAAAGAAAUGCACUAUGUGUUUAGAGUUUUGGGGCCAGCUGCUUGUAGAGAUCCUGAUAUUUUUACUUCUGUUGCAUCUAGUACUCUAAGAUUAGCAACUUUGCCCCUUUCAAAACGAGAUGAUGAUGAUUCUAGAUUUGGAAACAGUUCUGUCCAAAUGUUAAAGUCUUGUCCUGCUAAAUCGCCAUCUAGUCAGACUGAAUAUAUGUAUGAUGCAGAAGUAGCAAACAAUCUUAUAUAUGACCUUUUAAAUGCUUUAAUUGCUAAGCCAGUUGAAGUACCUGAAGAUGACACAAGCUCUUCAGAGUCAGCAGCUGAAACAUUAACAGCUUCAACUGAACAACAAUCACCAGCUCGAGAGAAUGCAGCUAAUGAUCUUCUUCCUAAUGAUGAAGAUGAUGGUUUGGUGAUACCCUUGACUAUUCCUAAUGUAGAUGGAUUCAGUGAUAGUACUGAUUCUUUAACCACUCCCAGAGAUAAUAAAUCAACUAAAGAAAAUUCUAAAGAUAAUAAAAAUGAGUCUAGUUCUAUGAAAAAUGUUCCCAUAAUAAGGAAAUCUGGAAUAUGCAGAUUGUUAGCAGAACUAGUUCGUUCUUAUGUACAAUGUGCCAGAUUGAUUACUGAUUAUUCUUUUCAUGCGAAUGAUUCUGAACUAAUAACUGAGGACUGUUCUGCUUUGGCUUUUAUUCUUGAUAAUCUUUUACACAGCAAUCAGACAGCUGGUGAUAAAGAAACACCUGCUUUAGCAAGAGUAUUAAUUGCUGCAAUUGCCUCAUGCAAUCAUUCUGUUGAAGCUCAAACUACCCUUGUCAAUGAGGUCCGAUUAGCAUUGUUGCGUGCUUUAUCUUUGCCUGAAAGUCCAGAAAAGCAUGCACGUGUUCAAGCACUUACAGCUCUGAUAAGUACAAUGAUAGAAUCUUGUCCAGCAGCAUCUUCCCAAAGUCAGCUUAGUGGAUGUGCAUUGCGGUCUCAGACUCCAGCAAUGAACAACAUAGUAAGAAUAUUAUUAAGAAAAGGAAUAGUUGUAGACUUAGCAAGAAUUCCACAUUACUUAGACUUAUCUAGUCCUCACAUGGCUGCUACAGUUAAUGGAGCUCUUAAACCAUUAGAAACUUUAUCACGCAUUGUCAAUUUGCCUUCAAGUCAUUCUACAAAUAAAGCAAAAGAAAAAAAUUUGACAUCAGUUGUACAUGUCAGAGGUUCUGUACCAGAAACCUUGGAAGAAAGUGCAAGUGCUCGUUGCAAUGCUGAUGUCACUCUGCCAUAUAGAAGAAAUGAAGUACCCUCUCAAGAUUUAUCAAUCGAUCCAACUCUUGAGGGGUUUAUGAACGAAAUUCUUGAAAGACGAGAACAUUCUACACCUUCCGAACAAGGCCCUAGUUCCACAGAACAAGAUCUUAAUGUUACUGUUGAAGUUGAUGAUCAUACUCGUCCUUCCAUUGGAGGUCGGCGAUCUAGUUCUUUUGGAGAUCAAGCACAAGAUGAUCAACAAGAAAGUAGUGAUUCUGAAAGUAAUUCUGAAUCUGGACAUAGUCAUAGCGAGGAUGAAGCUGAACGUGAUGAACGAGUUGAAGAUGAUGAGGAGGAAGAGGAAGAUGUUUCACGUUUUGAAGUUGGGGACGAUUUUGCAGCAUUGGAUUUUUUCCGUGUGCAGGACCGUGACGAUAGCUUGUUUUUCCAACUAGAAGAAGUUUUCCCAUCCUCAGGUGGUUCAUCUGUGAUAUUUGGUGGCUCAGAUGCAGUACGUACCUUUCAAAUUCCAGUUGUUACAGAUGAAAGCACUAGUGGAAAUGAAACACCUGCCCCAGCAGUUCCUCCGGCACCAAGGUCUGUUACCACUGUACAUCCAUUAUUGGUAAGGCACGGAGAUUCACAGUGUUCCUUGCAACCACGUGUUCACAGACGUCAAAGAGGUUAUCGUACAAAUAUAGGGGGACACACAUGGCAUAUGUAUGCCACUCCCAAUGGGAAUACUAGUAGAAGACACCCAAAUCCUCCUGUGAUAUUACAGAGGCAUGGACAGGUUCACCGGGAUACUGAGACUCAACUAGGUGUGCCCUCCCUGUUAUUGGGACCAAAUACUGCUCAGGAUUUACUGCAGCUAACAUCAAAUUUUAAUUCACAACCAUCGUCUAACACUCAGUCUAGAGUUGUUUUUGCUAAUAGUGACUUUCGAAUACUCGCUACGGAAGAUGAAGUUUUUGAAAUCCAAGACCAAAGUAGUACUGUAUCUGGUGACCAUUCUGGUACUCUUUCUGCGAUCCCUUCGACACUGAAUCGCUGGGCUGAAGAAUCCAGAGUUCUUGAUGGGGAUAGUAUUCAUGAUUGUAUAGCAGGACUAAAGCCAACUAUAAUAAAAUGCCUAGAAACAUAUAGAGAUGAUGAAAUGGUAGAAAGGAAAGAAAAGCGUAGAAAACUUCAUAAUAAAAAUAGUGAUAAAAGCAGUGAUGUUAUUGUUCUUAGUGAUACCGAAACCUUAGAUGGAAUGGGUAGUACUGAUGGCAGAACUUCAUCUAUGGAAGUUGCUGAACCUGCUAGUCAAUUUGAAAGCAAUAUUUCUGCAGCUCGCAAUAUUCCUCCAGUCAAUUUAUCUCAAGAUAUGCCAGCUCAAGACUUAAAUUCUUUGAGUACUGAAAGGCUUGCUGCUUCAAUUGUGGAGCAAGUGUUAGGACCUGCUUUAGCUAUUACAUCUAAUGCUGGAUCUCUACUACCUUCGCGAAGGGCAACCACACCUUCAGACACUAGACCAUCUUCAAUACUCAAUAAUUUCAUGUCUUCACACAUACCAGAAGGCCCACCCCGUUUACACCAUUUUGAUUUUGAAUCAACAUCAAAUGAUGUACCCAUACCCUCAGAAGGCUGGAUAAGUUCACCUUCAAAUGCAGUUGAUAGAACAUUUGGUAGUAUCACAACUAUGGCUGGUUCAGUUAAUGAUGGUGCUACUGAUGUAAACUCAUCAGUUUUUGGUUUGCGUCGCUCUACCUUUACAGUAGAAACUAACAUGUUUGGUGAAUCUGAAAGAUCCUUUUCAAGUAGUGGCGUUGAGGAUUGUGAUUUAAUAAACUUGGAACCUAAUUUGGAACAGACAGGAGCUGAUUUCAGACAAACGUAUCCAGAUACACACAGACGACAAUCAAUUGAAACCAUAGACCUUGUUUCAUCAGAUCAGGAACCAAGUUUUAAUGCUUCUUCAAAUGAAGGUAGGCCUUCAUUGCAUGCAUCAUCUGCAGAGGAGCCUGGUAUUCCACUUAUUAAUUUAUCUGAUUCAUCAAAUCCAUCCUCUCCACUAAUGAAUAGUUCUCAGGAUAAUUCAUUAAAUGUUCAAGAUUUUAGCACACCAUCAGGCAUUAAUACUGACCAUUAUUCAAAUGACAUUGAUUCAGUUGCAAAGUCACCUGAAGUGCUGGAUUCUGCAGAAGCUGAAAAUCUCAGCAUUUCUGAAUUAGAUGAGAGUAAUAGAUCUGAUACCACUGCAAUGCCACCAACUGCUUCUGAAUUGAAUGCUGCUUCAACCAGUGGUGUUGAAGAUUGUGACUUAAUAAAUUUGGAACCUAAUUUGGGAAAUUUAGAACAGGCAAGAAGCAAUUUCAGGCAAACUUAUCCAGAUGCAGCUAGACAACUAUCAAGAGAAACCAGACAACCUCUUUCCUCAGAUUACCAUGCAGAAACUCUUCGAAGAAUACUGAAUUUUAUGAACUCUUCCGAUCAAGAGCCUAAUUUAAAUGUUUCCUCAAAUGAAGAUAGGUCUUCAUUGCACACAUCAUCUGUAGAGGAGCCUCAUAUUCCACUUAUUAAUUUGGCAGAUUCAUCAAAUCCUUCCUCUCCACUAAUAAAUAGUACUCAAGACGAUCCUCUAAAUGUUCAAGAUUUUAGCUCACCAUCAGAUAUUAAUACUGAGCAUUAUUCAAAUGACAUUCAUUCUGUUGCAAAGUCACCUGAAGUGCUGGAUUCUGCAGAGGCUGAAAAUCUCAGCAUUUCUGAAUUAGAUGACAGUAAUAGAUCUGAUACCUCAGCAAUGCCGUCAACUACUUCUGAAUCGAAUGCUGCUUCAUCCAGGUCGUCACUGCUGGAGUCCUCAACUGAAGAGUCAGAUAUUCCCUUUAUAGAUCUUGGUGACUCUUCAGAGCCAUCAUCUCCAGUAAUGAAUAGUGCCCAAGAAAAUUCAAUUAAUGAGGAAGCGUUUAGCAGACCAGGUAUGAUUGAGAUUCAUUCAAAUGAACUGGAUUCAGAUGGUUUGUCAUAUGAUGUAGAUUCUCCUACCAGUGAAAGAGAAGGUGCAUUAUCUACUGAUACUCCUGAAGCCUCCUGUUUAUUAGGUGCUGGAAUUGAGAUCCCUGAAGGAGUUGAUCCAUCCUUUUUAGCAGCACUACCUGAUAACAUUAGACAAGAAGUUAUUGCUGAGCAGUUGAGAUUACAACGUUUGAGACAGCGCUCCCAGACUGUCACAAAUGAAAGUAAUAGUGAUGGCAGUUCAUUUACUGAAGUUAAUCCAGAAUUUUUAGCUGCCCUUCCUCCAAAUAUUCAAGAAGAGGUAUUAGCUCAACAAAGAGCUGAACAACAAAGAUUAGCUGCUCAAAACUCCAAUCCAGAUGCCCCUGUUGAUCCAACAAGCUUCAUUCAAACAUUACCACAAGGCUUAAGACAACAGGUUUUAGCUGAUAUGGAUGAUAGUCUGUUAGCUGUUUUACCCCCAGAACUUGCUUCAGAAGCUCAUGCAUUACGUAGAGAACUAGAGGCUCGCCAUAGGCAAAUUCAAGAACGUUUCUUUUCAUCUCAUGCUGGUACAGCUUUAUCACGGAUUUUACGAUCAGCUGGCCGUGUUGGAGCUCGGUACACUAUUCAUAGUUUACCUCAACGUGGACAGUGGACAUGGAAUGCUCUAUCUCCUAGAGGUACUUCUAGUCCAUCUCGUAAUACAGCUGGCCUUUCUGGCACUUCUCUUACUAAUUCUAUGCGACUGCGUGGACGAUAUUUGUUAGACCAUGAAGCAUUGGCUUGUCUUCUUGUUCUGUUAUUUGUUGAUGAACCUCAAUUAAAUACUGGUAGACUACACAGAGUAUUCAGAAACUUAUGCCAUCAUGGACCAACACGAAUCUGGGUUGUAAAGUCUCUGUUGUCUAUAUUAGAAAGAACUAAUGACUACCAAAUUACAGAGAGCCCUCCAGAUACUCAUCGUCAUAAAAAAUCGAAGCAAAAUGCUUUGGAGUCACAUUUAACAAAAAACAAAGAUUCUUCCAACCGUAAUUUGCAGCCAUCUUGGCUAUCCAUUAGCUUAGAUGCUGCUUUAGGAUGCCGAACUAAUGUUUUUCAAAUCAGGCGAUUUACAACAGCACAUCGCCGGACUAGUGAACGGCACAAAGAUACCACUCAAAAAGCAUUACCUCCCAAUAUUCCAUUAGUUGCUAUUCAUCCUUUAGCAUCUCCAGUUAUAUGCAGGCAUGUUUUAGAUACUCUUAUAUCAUUAGCUAAAAGCUUUCCAAUUCAUUUCUUACCUGAAACUCCAAAAGACAUUAAAACUACAACAAGUUCAAAUCCUAAAGCUGAUGAGAAAUCUAGCAAAACAAGUCUUGAAAAAUCGGACAAAGCUUCAUCAGCCAAGUCUGAUAGCUCAAAUUCUCGAACUGAAUGUGACUUUUGGGAUGUACUCGUUAAACUUGAUUCAGUCAACACAACAUGCUCACGUAAAGGCAAAACAGCUUUGAGAACUCAAAGUGUAAUUUCUGCUUUAAGUUCUUCUUCAACUCCUAGUGAAGAUAACUCAAAAACUGGAGGAUUCAAAUCAUCACCUUUGGCUCAACUAAUUGGACUUCUUGCUCAUCCAGUAGUUAAACGUAGCUCAAUUUUAACGGAUAGGUUACUCAGACUUUUAGCUUUAAUCUCUUUAGCACUACCUGAACCAAAGAGCUCUUUAAAAGAAAAAACCUCCUCUGAAAUAAGACAGCAAAUAUCGGAAAGUCAGAAUGAUAGUUCUGAGCCCAACUCUAAUGUGACAACAUUAGGAGCAGAGAAUAGUCAAAAGAAAAUGAAAACUGGAAAUAAACAAGAUACCACUACUAACCUAGAAGAUAAUGCUGAAGAGGCAAAUGUCAUGAAACAUUACCUUAAAUUAGCUGUUGAAGUUUUGACUUCUAAAACUUGUUCUGAAGAAGGUUUAGAAGAUGCCACUGCAUUAUUACUUAGAUUGUCGCGUGGUUGUAUGAAAACACGACAUACAGUAUUAUAUUUACUUCUUGAUGGCGCUAGAGAAUUGGGACAAUCAGUUUGUCAAAAUAUCCGAUCUCUUAUGUAUGAGCUGAAGAGUUUAAAUGCUCAUUUAGCUGCUGAGAAGAAUUCUGAAAAUGAAGAAAAAGAUCCUGAAUAUGACGGCAAGUUUCAACUCAAGGGCACUAUUCAAGAUAGGUUUACUUGUAGACCUGUUGUGGUAACUGCUCCUGGAAAAAUAAAAGGAAGAAGUGGCAGAGAACUACAAUUGCCAUCUAUGUCAUCUUUCACCAGUAAAGCCUCUAGUCAAGCCUUUUUCUUAAGAAUUUUGAAAGUCAUUAUUCAAUUAACAGAGUCCACUCAACUUCUAUCUAAAAACAAGCCUUUAUCAGGUGAUUUAGCAUCUUCCAAAUCUUCUUCCGAGAAAGACUUGAAGUGUCUUCACCUGAGCAGCGAACUAUUGUUGGAUGACCUCUGGGUUGCACUAAGUGAUUGUUUAAAAGAACUAGCUGAAACUCCUGACCAUCAUGCCGUAUUAGUUUUGCAGCCAGCUGUUGAGGCAUUUUUCUUAGUUCAUGCUUCAUCAGAAAAAGAUAAUAAGAAGAAAGAUAAUAAAAGAGAUACUCAAGAAAGUGAAAUUUCUCAUUUACAAGAUAUUCCUCCCAUAUCACCUUUAUCCUCAAUGAAUUUCCAGGGAGAAAAUAAUUCAAUAACUUCUAAUGUUUCUGAUUCAGCAUCUACAGCUAAUAUGUCAAUGGAUACUGUGAAAUUCUUAAAGUUUGCUGAAACACACAGGACUGUUCUAAAUCAAAUUCUUCGACAGUCAACAACUCCUUUAGUUGAUGGCCCUUUCUCUGUGUUAGUUGAUCAUACAAGAGUUCUUGAUUUCGAUGUGAAACGGCGUUAUUUUAGGCAAGAGCUUGAACGAAUGGAUGAAGGAUCACGGAGGGAAGAUUUAGCUGUACAUGUAAGGAGAGAGCAUGUUUUUGAAGAUUCAUUUAGAGAAUUGCAUCGUAGGACUCCUGAGGAAUGGAAAAACAGAUUUUAUAUUGUUUUUGAAGGUGAAGAAGGUCAAGAUGCUGGUGGCCUGUUACGAGAAUGGUACACAAUUAUAUCACGAGAAAUAUUUAAUCCUAUGUAUGCUCUUUUCACCACAUCCCCUGGAGAUCGAGUGACAUAUAUGAUAAAUUCAUCUUCUCACUGCAAUUCAAACCAUUUGAGUUACUUCAAAUUUGUUGGACGUGUUAUAGCCAAAGCAGUUUAUGACAACAAAUUAUUGGAAUCCUAUUUUACUCGAUCAUUUUAUAAGCAUAUAUUGGGAAAGAAUGUAAAGUACACUGAUAUGGAGAGUGAAGAUUAUUCAUUUUAUCAAGGACUAGUCUUUUUGUUAGAACACGGUGUAAAUGAAUUAGGCUAUGAACUAACAUUUAGUGUUGAAGUUCAAGAAUUCGGUGUUACAGAAAUACGAGAUUUAAAACCUAAUGGUAGAAAUCUCCCUGUGACUGAAGAAAGUAAGAAUGAAUAUGUUAAAUUAGUUUGUCAAGAGAAAAUGACUGGUGCAAUCAGAAAACAAUUAAAAGCCUUUUUAGAAGGUUUCUAUGAAAUUAUUCCAAAAAGACUUAUAUCAAUAUUUAAUGAACAGGAGUUAGAGCUUUUAAUAUCAGGGCUGCCAAAUAUAGAUAUUGAUGACUUAAAAGCUAAUAGUGAAUAUCACAAGUAUCAGACAACAUCUUUACAAAUUCAAUGGUUCUGGCGAGCCUUGCGUUCUUUUGAUCAAGCAGAUAGAGCAAACUUCUUGCAAUUUGUGACUGGUACAUCUAAAGUUCCUCUUCAAGGCUUUGCUGCUUUAGAAGGAAUGAAUGGUACACAAAAAUUCCAAAUUCACAGAGAUGACCGCUCAACAGAUAGACUUCCUUCUGCACAUACAUGCUUCAAUCAGCUUGAUCUUCCUGCUUAUGAGACUUACGAUAAGCUCCGGUCCAUGUUACUGAAAGCCAUCCAUGAAUGUUCAGAAGGAUUUGGGUUUGCUUAAUUUUUCAGGAAGGGGAAGCUCUUCAAAUUAGAAACUUGUGUAUUUUUAAGGCAUUGAAUAUCUUAGGUUAAAAUGUCACUAUAAAAAUUUUCAAUUCUUAAGUUUUCAAGGCAAAUUAUCAUUUUUAAAACUUUCUUGAAGCCUAAUUUGAAAUGAUAAAAAUCUUAACUUCUCUGCUUAUUUGUGAAAGAUUGGAUCUGGUAAUUUAAUUCCUCCAUUUAAUAUAUCAAUAAAUAAGUAAAUUAUUUUUUCCAAAGUGCAUUUUAUACUAGUUACAAUGUCAUUUUUAUACACAAGUCUUUAUUCCUUUUGGUGCCUAUGUGAUAUGAGUACUUGCCAAUCUGUUGAUUAUUGUACUCUAAAUAGCCACUUAGUACUAUCACAAUUUAUUCGCUGUAAUUAUACUUAUAGAACAUUUAAACAAUAUGAAUGGCUGAACUAAAUGUACAGAUAUCUGCUUAAAGUUUCCUAUGAUAACUAGCAUGUAAAUUUCAACUUAUUUUGAAUUUCAGACAAACCAGAAAGUGUUUUAUACUUGUAACUAUAUUUCAAAAGUGAACUUCAUUUGUAAAGAAAUUUGUGUGGCUUAAGAAAGGAAAGAAAUAUUUUAUUGAUAGAAAUUUUAAUGUCAGUUCUUAAGGGCAGGUUUCUGUUGUAUAUUUUUAAUAUGUUAAGCAAUGUCAUUUUUAUAUAUUUGUAAAUUUCUUUUUCAGUGAAUUUUUCGGAGAACUAACAGUAUUUAUGCACACCUAAUUUAUAUCUAUAUAUUAAUCCUAUCAAAUAUCUAUCUGGAGUUAAAAGUCAAAUGACUAUAUCAUAUCUUUAACAAAAUUAUAUUUCAUGUGCAUUGUUAAAAAAUACUAUAGUUUUAAUUUUACAUUUGUAACUUCUUUCUUCAGAUUUAAUUUUGUUUCAGCAUAAUUUAUU